AUGGCGGCCGAUUCUUGCCUGGAGAAAUCUGAAGAAACCAGCGACGACGACGACGACAAUGACGCCGAUUACUUUCCAGAAGGGUACGACCGGAGCAAUUCCCGGAUGUUCACGGUGAAGUUCGCUCCACAGGCGGUGGUCGACUGGUACACGAUUGCUCUGGACAAGAGCGGCAUCAAGAAAUCGACUGUGAAAAAUGAUGCGUUAGGGCAUCUUUUGGCCACGGGGUGGGAGAUAUAUUACAUUCAGAAGACAAAAGACAAGCGUGAGUUGCGAUAUAGAUCUCCGUCCGGUAAGGUUUAUAUUUCUCUCAGAACCGCCUGCAAAGCCUACAUCGAUCAAGGCGCCGCCACCGCCACAGCCACCGCGGUUCCCGGUUCUUCCCGUGUAAAGAAAGAUUCACGCCGCCGCGUAUGGAAAGGAAAACAAAUCACCUCCGACUCGAAGAAACAAAUCCACGAAUCAUCGGAUCGCGUCAAAUUACCAGUGCCGCCGGUUUCAAAUUUGGGCAAAAGGAAAACGUCGCCGAGGACGCCGGAAGCAGCGGCGGAGACGAGUUUCUCGCGCCGCCGCAACUCACGCGCCGGUCUUUCCUGUUUGAUCGAUCAGGGCAUAGUUUCGCCGGGAGAUAAAGUGUGCUACAAAUUAUCCGGGAAAGAUCCGUUGGGUUGGGGAAGAAUAACAAACGAAGGCAUUAUCAGAUGCGAUUGCUGCUCAAAUCUGUUCAGAAUCAGCAGUUUCGAGGCUCACACAGGCAGUACAAAGCGUAGGCCGGCGGCCAACAUCUUUUUGGAAAACGGGCGCUCCCUAUUGGAGUGCCUAAAUCAAUUGACGAUCAUCCCUCAAAUCAAAUCCCCUCACGAGAAACCGAAUAACAACAAUAAAAUCAGCCCUCCACCAUCUUCUUCUGACAAGUUUGUUCCGGACCAAAACGACAGCGUCUGCUCCGUUUGUUAUUUUGGGGGCGAGUUGAUUCUGUGCGAUCACUGCCCCGCCGCCUUCCAUGGCAGUUGCCUCGGUUUCAAGGCCAUCCCAUUAGGGGAAUGGUUCUGCCCUUCUUGCUGCUGCAAAAUCUGCGGCCAAGGCACCUACGAUUCCACUGGGCCUUCUCCUUCUUCUUCUUCUAACCAUCAAAUCGAUUCCAAUUUCGUCAAAUGUGUUCAAUGCGAGCAGAAGGUUCAUGUAGGAUGCGUAAACAGCAUUCGAGGGCUUGAAGAAGAUGACCCAAAUAAUCCAAACAUCGAUAGAGAAAAUUGGUUUUGUACCCAGAAAUGCGAGAACAUCCACACGGGUCUGCAGAACCUCUUAUGGAAAGAAAUCAAAAUCCCAAUGGGGGAAGAAGGGGAAGAAGAUAGAUAUCUGACUUGGACAUUAAUGAAACACAGUACAGAACUCGCGGCUGAGGGCACCCACAGGAAGAAGCUAAAUCUUUCUCUUGCUGUAAUGCACGAGAGCUUCCGGCCCGUGAAGGACCCCAUGACCAAAAACGACCUGAUUGAAGAUGUAGUCUACAGCAGAAGAUCAGAGCUGAAACGGUUGAACUUUGGGGGGUUCUACACAGUGGCUUUGGAGGGGAAGAACAGUAAGGUAAUGACAGUGGCAACGGUGAGGGUGUAUGGAGAGGAGGUGGCAGAGGUUCCAUUAGUUGCCACUCGGCUAAAACACCGCAGACAUGGGAUGUGCCGCGCAUUGAUGAAGGAGCUGGAGCAACAGCUAAUGAAGCUGGGAGUGAAGAAGCUGACUCUGCCGGCGGUCCCCGAGGCCCUCGGAACUUGGACCGGCGCAUUUGGGUUCUCGAGAAUGGCGGAAUCUGAUAGAUCAGAGCUUGUUAAAUACACAUUGUUGAGCUUUCAGCACACUGUGAUGUGCCAGAAGCUGCUUACAAAGAGGAGCUCAGAUGAAGAAGAUAUUCAAUGGUGGGGACUGGGAGCGAGGAAGAGGCUGAAGCAAACUGCUGUGGAAGAUGAGAUCUCUGAUGGUUGGAACUCAAUUUCCGAUUCAUUAUAA